UAUUUGACUAAAGUCAGUUUCAGUGAUCGUUAUUUGUCGUUUACAAAAAGCAUUUAUUUUAUUUUGGCUAUUUAACUUGUGGUUUUCGUUGUUUUUAUUCGUUUCAUGUAGCAUUUUUCAAAAUGGAUGGUGUAAGUUUAGAGAAAUUCGAACAAGAAUUGUUAAAAAAGCAGAAGCUGUAUCUGUCGCUUAUACAACCUGUAAUACAAGAAUUGGUGGACGAACAUAAUGAGUUUAUGAAAAAUUUGGAAGCAUGUGAACCACCACAAACAGAGGAUGUUUCUACCGUAGGGAGACCAAGAAGAAAUGCUGCCAAAAGUGCUUCAAAUAAAAUUUCCACUCAAGCACAUCUAAAAAUUACGAAACUUAGAAGACCUGAUGAUAAAGAUGUAACGGGUAAUAUUUAUGACCUACCUGAUAAUAAAACAUCAAUUUUAGAAAGUUGUUCUAAUAUCACACAGGAUAUUUCAGUUCAAAUUUUAAAUAAUGAAAGACCAGAGAAUUCUGAGAAUCCUGCCAUUUCAUCUGAUGAAGAUGAAGAGGCUAUGCGUGCUCCUGCAAUAAAAAAAAGAGGUAGGAAAAAAAUUCGAAAAAUUAAAGCUGAAAAAUUAUCAGUGGCUAUAAGUAUUAAAGAAGAAGUUGAAGAGGAUGCUCAAACAAAUGAACAAACACAUGUAAUAGAAAAUAUUGUCAAUGAAACUCUUACCAUAAAUGAUCAUCAAGAAAUAAAUGAGGAUAAAGAAUUACCCAAAAACGAUUCUGGUUUAUCUGUUUAUCAAGACGCUGUUACUACUCAAGUUAUUGCAGCAGAAUCAAGUCCAAAUGAAUUAAUUAAUUUAUCACCUCCCUUGGAAGAUAUAAAAGUUCAAAAGCAUAUAAAAGAUGAUAAAAAAUUAUCUGACAAGGUGGAAGUUGUAAUAAAUAGAGAUCCUUCUCUUGAACUUCCGAAAGAGAAUUUGCCAAACAACUCUGCACCAAUACAAAGCAAUGAAGAACCAAAAGAAAUUAAUGCAAAUGCUACAUUUAUGAUUACUCCAAAUCUUGAUAUUCCCAUAGUUAUAAAGCAAGAACUAAAAACUCCUGAAAGACAGUUCAUUCCUGUUAUGGAUCAAACAAUUGUUAUGGAGAAUUUACUAACACCUGCAACCACAGUAAAACCACAUCCUUCAAGAGAAUCUCCAUUGAUUACGGAUGAUGAAUCCAUCUCGGGAACUUCUCCCCUGGAAACAGUUGCAGUAAACGCUCCUGAGCCCAGGUCGCAAGUGAAAUCAAGAGUCCAUGCUUUGGAGAAAGUUAUUGCCUCUGAACAAAAAAUGCCCUCGGCUAGGGUUACUCGGACCAAAACCCGCAUGAAUAAGGAAAAUUUACAGCUACAUUCAAAUAUGGAUGCUUUAAAUGCAAAACCAACAAAAAUACAAUCUGCUCAAAAAUUAACAUCUACCAUAAAAGUGGCAAGUGUCUCUAAGAUAGCUACUCUCUCUGCAAAGAAAUUCAUUUCAUCAAAAAAUACGACUCCACAAAUCGUUAAGAAUACCAAGCUCGUAUUGCAGUCCACACAAAAGUCGAAGUCACCUGCCAAAGAUGAUUCUUUGAAGAAGCAGGCUAGGGAAGAGGAAGCUUUGAAGAAAAAGGAGCAGAUGCUCCUAGAAAAACAGGAAGAGCGGAAACGCAAACGUCUAGAGAAGGAAAGAUUAGCUCAACAAUCAAGAGAACAACAAGAGAGAGAAAAACAAGAAAAAAUUGCGAAAGAAAAGGAAAGGAAACAAAAAUUGAUACAAGAAAGAGAAGAAAAGGCCAAGGAAGAAAUGCGAUUGAAAAAAUUGCAAGCGCAGCAAAGGGCGCAGGAAGCUGAAAUGCGAAGGAAAGCAGAAGAGGCAGCAAGGCUUGAAAAAUUGAAACAGAUACAGGAAGAACAGAGAAAAUUAGAGAUGCAAGUGAAGCUUGCAGCAGAGCAAGCUAGAUUAAAGGCACAAGAAGCAGAAAAAAAGCAACAGCUUCAAACAAAUGCAAAAUCAGAUGCUACAUUUGUACAUCCGAACCCAGAAGAAAGCAUAUUGGAUUAUAGCAUUGCCCCAGUAGCUAUGGUUGAUGGUUUUGAAAAUCUUCAAUCGGAUUAUUCCACUGAUGAAGAUGAAAAACCAACAAAGAAUAAUAAACAGAGGCCUGAUUGGAGCAAACCUGAAGCACGGCAAGCUGCAAUUAUAAAUCAAGCAAGAACGUCAACAAAAUUAGUAGAUCUGUUGUUUAAUGUGAAAGCGACCACACCGGAUUUGAGAGUUAUAUUCCCAGGAAUUAGCAAAGACAAAUUAAAUCGAAGAUCUAGUGCUGUCUGGAAGACACCUCCUAGGUACUCAAUGCUACCUCGAUUUUAGAGAUAUUUUAAAUUU